CAGUGACGGGCGCUGCGCUGUUUCUCCCCAGUACCGGAACCGGGGGAGGGGGGGUCGUCCGGGAGCUGAACACCAAGAACACUUGGAACAGUGCAGCGUGUGCGUGAGGAGGAGGAGCGGUCACUUGACCCACGGGGGCGCGCAUUUACCGGAGCGUGAGCGCGCAUAGGGGAGGGGCGGUGACUUAGUACCCAGAGGCCUGUCUGUCCCUUAGAAACGGAGGGUCCUAUUUAUUGGAAAAGAUGAACUCAGACUCAAACACAGUCAUACAAAACCGACUGGCUAAAGUCUUAGAAUUUGGAAGGAGGUGUUACAUUGCCAGAAGUCUAUAAACCUUUAUACAUUGUGCAGGUGAUUUCAUAUAGUAUUACUGAAUUCCAGUCCAAGUUACAAAGUGUGAGAGUAAAGAAACCCUCAUGAGAACAGAGGACAAGCCUUUGCUACCAGCAAAUCCUAGCAGCAGCUUAUUGAGUGAGAAAGUCAUCUCCAUUCUUCAGAGUUUUGGAUGACAUCGUUUUCUUCUAAGAAUUCUGCUUCAACAUUUCCUGUAUUUAUACAAUUUUUCUUAAACUGUGAUUUGGGGAAACCUUCCCCUUCUAAAUCAGGAACCUCUUAGUGGCCUUUCUUUGCCAGCUCAACAUGGACUCAGACGAAGGAUACAACUAUGAAUUUGAUGAUGAAGAGGAGUGCAGUGAGGACAGUGGAGCUGAUGAACAUGAAGAUGAUCUGGAGCUUGGAGAAGUGGAGCUGGUGGAAGCUGGGCUUAGUGGAUCAGAGAGAGCUGGUAUAUGUGGAGAAGGUGGUGGAAGUGCCCUUGGACCAGGUCCAGGUGGCGAGGAGGAGGAGGACUAUCGAUACGAAGUUCUCACUGCUGAGCAAAUCCUCCAGCACAUGGUGGAGUGUAUUCGUGAAGUCAAUGAAGUCAUACAGAAUCCUGCUACUAUAACUAGAAUACUUCUGAGUCAUUUCAACUGGGACAAAGAGAAGCUGAUGGAGAGGUAUUUUGAUGGGAACCUUGAAAAGCUCUUCUCAGAAUGUCAUGUCAUUAACCCCAGUAAGAAGUCGCGGACACGCCAGAUGAACACACGGUCAUCUGCACAGGACAUGCCCUGCCAGAUCUGCUAUUUGAAUUAUCCUAAUUCAUAUUUCACAGGCCUUGAAUGUGGUCACAAGUUCUGCAUGCAGUGCUGGAGCGAGUAUUUGACCACUAAAAUCAUAGAGGAAGGAAUGGGGCAGACAAUCUCAUGCCCUGCUCAUGGUUGUGACAUCUUAGUUGAUGACAACACAGUAAUGCGCUUGAUAACUGAUUCGAAAGUGAAGUUAAAGUAUCAACAUUUAAUUACUAAUAGCUUUGUAGAGUGUAACAGACUUUUGAAGUGGUGCCCUGCUCCAGAUUGCCACCAUGUGGUAAAGGUUCAGUAUCCUGACGCAAAACCUGUGCGCUGCAAGUGCGGUCGACAGUUCUGCUUUAACUGUGGAGAAAAUUGGCAUGACCCAGUUAAAUGUAAGUGGUUAAAGAAAUGGAUUAAGAAGUGUGAUGAUGACAGUGAAACAUCAAAUUGGAUUGCAGCUAAUACCAAGGAGUGCCCAAAAUGUCAUGUGACAAUAGAGAAGGAUGGAGGUUGCAAUCACAUGGUAUGCCGGAACCAGAAUUGCAAAGCAGAGUUCUGCUGGGUUUGCCUGGGUCCAUGGGAGCCUCAUGGUUCUGCUUGGUAUAAUUGUAACCGUUACAAUGAGGAUGAUGCAAAGGCUGCUCGAGAUGCUCAAGAGAGAUCCCGCGCAGCAUUACAAAGAUAUCUUUUCUACUGCAACCGCUACAUGAAUCACAUGCAAAGCCUGCGAUUUGAGCACAAGUUGUAUGCUCAAGUGAAGCAAAAGAUGGAGGAGAUGCAGCAACACAACAUGUCAUGGAUCGAGGUUCAGUUCCUAAAAAAGGCAGUUGAUGUGCUGUGCCAGUGUCGCUCCACACUAAUGUACACAUAUGUCUUUGCCUUCUACCUCAAGAAGAACAACCAGUCUAUUAUAUUUGAGAAUAAUCAAGCAGAUUUAGAGAAUGCUACAGAGGUUCUAUCUGGAUAUUUGGAGAGAGACAUUUCCCAGGACUCGCUGCAAGACAUAAAACAGAAAGUGCAAGACAAAUACAGAUACUGCGAGAGCAGAAGGCGAGUCUUGCUGCUUCAUGUGCACGAAGGUUAUGAAAAGGACUUGUGGGAAUAUAUUGAGGACUGAAUCCACCAUAAAGACCAACUUCUGUUGCCACCUGACACUAGAAUUCAACCUUCCAUUAAAUGCAGUUCUGCCCCUUGAGGCUGACCCCAUGCACAUUCAGCCGUCUCUUCCCUUUUUCUCUCGCUCUCAUCAUUUUUGCUCCUGCCAGGCCUUUGGUUGGUUUAUUUUAUUUUUGUUAAUGGAAAGUCUAAGUAAAUUAUAUUGUAAUAAUAAAAGGAAAGCAGCUAGCAGAGGAAAUGGUUUGACAGUAUUGUAGGCAUAUUUAACCCCUUGGAAGAUGAUGGGCCAUGGAAACAUUGAUCUGUGUUUUGUAAUGCAUACUCUAAUCCUUAUGGCCACCAAGGGGUUAAUUUGUGUGCAGCACCUCCGCAAUUUGCGAAUUCUAACUCUUCUGCUUCCUUUCUAAGCUGAUUUCUUCUCUUUCUCUGCUUAGAUAAGAUAAGCCCCUCUUCUCUCAGUACCCAGAGUCACUUCUCUGCCCUUUCUAUUGUCUCCUCCUUGCUAUAAUUGCCUUUGUCUUUGCCCCUGCCCAUUUGUUCACCUUCAGAGCCACCCCCUUUUCGUCUCUCACCCUACCCCACCCAUAUCUUACCCCGGGUUGGAACUGAACAGCUUUCAAGAGUUAAAAAAAGAGAGAAGAAAAAAGACAAAAAAAUAGCUUUGUACAUGACUUUUAAAAACAAAAAAGAUUAAAAUGAACAGAAGACAGCAGUAUUUUUCAAACUUGUAAAUAGUGCAUCUGCAUGAGCAGGGAGGAGGUGGGACGCACGGUGUUUGCAUCAUGUUUAAGUACAAAAAAAUAUUUAUUCUUUCUUGAAGAUU